GACGCACUCCCAGCAGGGCGGUUCUGGUAGCGGCAACCCGAGCGGCUCUAGCGUUAGCCUUGGCCGGGGCAGUAGCCGCCGCCAGUAGCGGGCACUCGGAGAGAAGGAGGGGUCCUGCUUUGGCCCGAGGACCGCGGGUAGGGAGUUCUCGCCGCUCUAGCCCGCUGAGCCCCGGCGGCUGCAACACUGCACCCUCGCGCUCCAGCUGCCGAGAGAGAAGUUGGGGUCCGACCUGACGCAUGUAGGGCCCCGGCCCCCGGCGCCGCCCGGAUCCCCUAAGAAUCGGCUUCCUGCGUGCCGCCACUUCAGGGGUUACACACCAGGUUCCCAGACAUACAGGAUGGUUCAACACUAAUGGGAAGAGAGGCAUAAAUUUAUCUUCUUCCAUUAUGGAGGCAGGUUUAACAGAUGGAGAACCUGACCAAACUUCGAUCUCAGCAUAUUCAGAAGUUGCCGAAGUUCAAGAGACACUUCUUGGUGAUAGCAAAGAUAUCCUUGGGCCAGCAACUGUUAUAGCAAACAGUGACGAAUCUCAGCUUCUUCUGACACCAGGAAAGAUGAGUCAGCGCCAAGGCAGAGAAGCUUAUCAAACACCAACUAAAGAUCUGCAUCAGCCAUCUCUCAGUCCUGCAAGUCUUCAUAGCCAGGGUUUUGAAAGGGGGAGGGAAGAUAUUUCUCAAAAUAGAGAUGAAUCUUCACUUUGCAUGUCAAAGAGCAAGUCUGAAUCGAAACUUUAUAAUGGCUCAGAAAAAGACAAUUCAACUUCAAGUAAGCUCACAAAAAAAGAAUCUCUUAAGGUACAAAAGAAAAAUUACCGAGAAGAGAAGAAAAGAGCCACAAAGGAGUUACUCAGUACAAUCACAGAUCCUUCUGUUAUUGUUAUGGCUGAUUGGUUGAAGAUUCGUGGUACUCUAAAGAGCUGGACUAAGUUGUGGUGUGUGUUGAAACCUGGGGUGUUACUGAUCUAUAAAACCCAAAAAAAUGGUCAGUGGGUUGGAACUGUUCUUCUGAAUGCCUGUGAAAUCAUUGAGCGUCCAUCAAAAAAGGAUGGCUUUUGUUUCAAACUUUUCCACCCUCUGGAGCAAUCUAUUUGGGCAGUGAAGGGUCCAAAAGGUGAAGCAGUUGGAUCUAUAACUCAGCCCUUACCUAGCAGUUAUUUGAUCAUCCGAGCUACUUCAGAGUCAGAUGGAAGGUGCUGGAUGGAUGCUUUGGAGUUGGCUUUGAAAUGUUCUAGUCUUCUUAAACGUACAAUGAUCAGGGAAGGAAAAGAACAUGACCUGAGCAUUUCAUCAGAUAGCACCCAUGUGACUUUGUAUGGCUUACUACGUGCUAACAAUCUCCACAGUGGUGACAACUUCCAGUUAAAUGAUAGUGAAAUUGAACGACAGCAUUUUAAGGACCAAGAUAUGUAUUCUGAUAAAUCUGAUAAAGAAAAUGAUCAUGAACAUGAUGAAUCAGACAAUGAGGUGUUGGGGAAAAGUGAAGAAAGUGAUACUGAUACAUCAGAAAGGCAGGAUGACUCAUAUAUCGAACCUGAGCCUGUUGAGCCUUUGAAGGAUACCACUUACACUGAACAGAGCCAUGAAGAGCUUGGAGAGGCAGGUGAGGCUUCUCAAACAGAAACUGUGUCUGAAGAAAACAAAAGCCUUAUCUGGACACUACUGAAACAAGUCCGUCCGGGUAUGGACUUGUCCAGGGUUGUUCUGCCCACAUUUAUUUUGGAACCUCGGUCUUUCCUGGAUAAACUUUCAGAUUACUACUAUCAUGCAGACUUCCUGUCUGAGGCUGCUCUUGAAGAAAAUCCUUAUUUCCGUUUGAAGAAAGUAGUGAAAUGGUAUUUGUCAGGAUUCUAUAAAAAGCCAAAGGGACUGAAGAAACCUUAUAAUCCUAUACUUGGUGAGACUUUCCGUUGUUUAUGGAUUCAUCCCAGAACAAACAGCAAAACUUUUUAUAUUGCUGAACAGGUGUCUCAUCAUCCACCAAUAUCUGCCUUUUAUGUUAGUAACCGAAAAGAUGGAUUUUGCCUUAGUGGUAGUAUCCUGGCCAAGUCCAAAUUUUAUGGAAACUCAUUAUCUGCAAUAUUAGAAGGAGAAGCACGUUUAACAUUUUUGAAUAGAGGAGAAGAUUAUGUAAUGACAAUGCCCUAUGCUCACUGUAAAGGAAUUCUUUAUGGCACAAUGACACUGGAGCUUGGUGGCACAGUCAAUAUUACAUGUCAAAAAACUGGAUACAGUGCAAUACUUGAAUUUAAACUAAAGCCAUUUCUAGGGAGUAGUGAUUGUGUUAAUCAAAUAUCAGGGAAACUUAAAUUGGGAAAAGAAGUUCUAGCUACUUUGGAAGGCCAUUGGGAUAGUGAAGUUUUUAUUAAUGACAAAAAGACUGAUAACUCAGAGGUUUUCUGGAACCCAACACCUGACAUUAAGCAAUGGAGGUUAAUAAGGCAUACUGUAAAAUUUGAAGAGCAAGAUGAUUUUGAAUCAGAGAAACUCUGGCAACGAGUAACUCGAGCAAUAAAUACCAAAGACCAAACUGAAGCUACUCAAGAGAAGUAUGUUUUAGAAGAAGCUCAGAGACAAGCUGCUAGAGAACGGAAAAUAAAAAAUGAAGAGUGGACUUGCAAGUUAUUUGAACUAGAUCCACUCACAGGAGAAUGGCAUUACAAGUUUUCAGAUACUCGACCAUGGGACCCACUUAAUGAUAUGAUACAGUUUGAAAAAGAUGGAGUUAUCCAGACCAAAAUGAAACAUCGCACUCCAAUGGUUAGUGUCCCAAAAAUGAAACAUAAGCCAACCAGGCAACAGAAGAAAGUAGCAAAAGGCUAUUCCUCCCCAGAACCUGAUAUCCAGGACUCAUCUGGAAGUGAAGCUCAAUCUGUAAAACCAAGUACACGAAGAAAGAAAGGUAUAGAACUGGGAGACAUUCAAAGUUCCAUUGAAUCUAUAAAAGAAACACAGGAAGAAAUUAAAAGGAAUAUUAUGGCUCUUCGAAAUCAUUUAGUUUCGAGCACACCUGCAGCAGAUUAUUUUCUGCAGCAAAAAGACUACUUCAUCAUUUUCCUCCUGAUUUUACUUCAAGUCACAAUAAACUUCAUGUUUAAGUAGGAGUUCUCCACAUUUGAGUCAAUGAAACAUCAGAUUUGGCCUGGGACCAAUGUUCAAGUCUGUUUGGUCUUAUUAAAAUAUCACAAUAUUUCUAAAAUGAAAAAUUAAGAGGUAAAUGUAGUGGUGUCUACCUUUCAUAUAUUUUACCUUUAACCUGAAACAAGAGCUAUCCAAUUUGGUUAAAAAAGUGAGCUAUGUGUUAAGUGCCAGGAUAUUUCUAGCUUUUGUGACAAUGUGUCUACAUGUGAGUAUAAUAAAUCCACAUGUAUACACAGCAUCUCUAACAUACUCUUACCUGACUGAUAGUAGUCUUUGUAUUCUGUAGUAUGUUUUAAGAUAAAAUGUUAGCAUUGUUCAUAACAAAAAUGCUAUCUUAUAAAUAUAUGUAUAGUAAUCUACUUUCUUUGUAGAACAGGCAUGAAAUUUUAUGAAGGAAUUACAGACCGGGGAAUAAUGGAAUAAUGGACAUGUUACAAAUAAUUUGAUACACUGUACUGUUAAAAUCAUUUCCAAAUUACCUAGUUCAAUUGUCUUAGAAACAGCAAAAAAAAAA